AAUAAAUAUAACAGCGCCCAGAUGCUUCACUGUCAGCGAAGGGGGUUACAAACAUAGAAAAGGGAAAGGCUAGAAUGAACUCCGCAUCUGUAGUAUUUAAAUGGAAUUAGAAGUAUCAGUAUGAGGUCAAGGUUUUUAAGUAUAUACAGAAAAAACAGAAAUGUGUAUGUGUGAAAGUGUGUACUUUUUUUCUACUAAUGUCUGGCUGUGAGGUUACAGAAACGAUGAAAUCUUAGUAGUAAUGAGCACACCAAGAACUUAGAGCAUGGUUUCUAAACACCAUUUCCCACUGAAAGGAAUCAAGGCUCACUGGAGAAAUGGCUAAUUCCAGAGUUUAGAAAGUACAAGAUGAACCUGGAACAUCUUGUUGUGUCAGAAAAUAAGGAAGUGCUUAAAAAGUGGUGACAAUAUGCCAAGAGGACCCAGGAGCCAGGCUGAAGGGGCUGCCACUAUACAAAUCAUGAACAAACAACAUCAAAAUAAAUAAUGAUAGUGAUAAAUUAGUAACAGUAAGAAUCCAUGAAUCCAUACUCAUUUAAAAAGUGAGUAAAUAGUCCACCGCCUCCAUAUUGUCUGUGUGAAGAGAGGGGAGAGCAGCCGCUGCCACUGCAGCUUCCACCACAGUUUGAAGAAAACAGUUCUGAAACAAGGUUUUACCCCCAGGUGCCUCUCAACACAGUGACUGCCAUCUCUCCAAACGUCAAGUCCAGCUUUGUCCGCCAACCUGUUUGACAUGUCGGGACCCGUGCCAAGCAGGGCCAGAGUUUACACAGAUGUUAAUACACAGACCCAAGAGUACUGGGAUUACAAGUCACAUGUGGUGGAAUGGGAAAAUCAAGAUGACUACCAGCUGGUUAGAAAAUUAGGCCCGGGGAAAUACAGUGAAGUAUUUGAAGCCAUCAACAUCACAAAUAAUGAAAAAGUUGUUGUUAAAAUUCUCAAGCCAGUAAAGAAGAAGAAAAUCAAGCGUGAAAUAAAGAUUUUGGAGAAUUUGCGAGGCGGUCUCAACCUCUUCACACUGGCAGACAUUGUAAAAGACCCGGUGUCACAAACUCCCGCCUUGGUUUUUGAACACGUAAACAACACAGACUUCAAGCAAUUGUACCAGACGUUAACAGACUAUGAUAUUCGAUUUUACAUGUAAGAGAUUCUUAAGGCCCUGGAUUAUUGUCACAGCAUGGGGAUUAUGCACAGAGAUGUAAAGCCCCAUAAUGUCAUGAUUGAUCAUGAGCACAGAAAGCUACGGCUAAUAGACUGGGGUUUGGCUGAGUUUUACCAUCCUGGUCAAGAACAUAACGUCCGAGUUGCUUCCCGAUAUUUCAAAGGUCCUGAGCUACUUGUAGAUUAUCAGAUGUAUGAUUAUAGUUUGGAUAUGUGGAGCUUGGGUUGUAUGCUGGCAAGUGUGAUCUUCCGGAAGGAGCCGUUUUUCCAUGGACAUGACAAUUAUGAUCAGUUGGUGAGGACAGCCAAGGUUCUGGGGACAGAAGAUUUAUAUGACUAUAUUGACAAAUACAACAUUCAAUUAGAUCCACGUUUUAACGGUAUCUUGGGCAGACAUUCCCGUAAGCGAUGGGAACGCUUUGUCCACAGUGAAAACCAGCACCUUGUCAGCCCUGAGGCCUUGGAUUUCCUGGACAAGCUGCUGCGGUACGACCACCAGUCAUGGCUCACCGCAGAGGCCAUGGAGCACCCCUAUUUCUACACUGUUGUGAAGGACCAGGCUCAAAUGGGCUCAUCUAGCAUGCCAGGGGGCAGUAUGCCUGUCAGUAGCACCAAUAUGAUGUCAGGGGUUUCUUGAGUGCCAACCCCUCCAUCCCUUGGACCUCAGGCAGGCUCACCAGUGAUUGCUGCUGCCAACCCCCUUGGGAUGCCUGUUCCAGCUGCCGCUGGCGCUCAGCACUAACGGCCCCUUCUGUCUCCUAAUGCCUGAGCAGAGGUUGGGGAGUCCACUCACUCCCUUGAUGCAGCUUGCGCCUGGCGGGGAGGAGUGAAAUACUUCAGAAGCACCGUGUCUGAACCGUUGCUUGUGCAUUUAUAGUAGUUCAGUCAUAAAAAAAAAAUUAUA